UUCCCGCCAUGAGAGAGAAGAAUAUAACAGCAAAAAGCACGAGAAGUGGGAGUGAGUGAUUUUCACGCUCUCAGAAACUCAAUCGUCGAAAUGAAAAACGCUGAUGGUAGGGAAAGAAAACGAAAGCCUCUUUCCGAUCUCACCAUUUCCAACCUCCUUCCAUCAUCUUCUUCCUCCUUCUCAAUCGACGCCAGACGCGGUACUGUUGUUGGCCUUGAUGUUUCUGAGCCAAUUUCAGCAUUCUGCACCCGAAUACAUACUUUGAAUGAAAAGAAAAGGAAUGCAAAAAAGGCAAUAGCCAAUUCAAAAAUCUCCAAGAUUCGGGACAAAAGUGAUGAAGUAGAACUUGAAGGUUUGGGUCUACCUAAAGCUAGGAUUUUAACAGUUUCUUGCAAGAAGAAGAAGCGCGCUGUGUCGUAUGAAGAAGAUGUGUCCAAAGAUGCCCAACUUCAAGAUUAUAUUGAAAAACAGAAUGCUUACUUUAAAGAGGUUGAUCAAUUUGAACUACCAGAAGAGGAGGUUGAAUCUGUUCAUGAACUGGAUUAA